AUUGACACAUAAUUAUUGAUACAUAGAUAGAUGCAUUGCAAGGGAGCAGAGAAGAAGAGGAGUAAAUGGCUUGGCUUUGGCUUGGCUUGGCUUCCAAUUAAUUAGUCCAUUCAUUAAUUGUCUCCGUCUCAGGUGUUACUUGCUCUUCUUCUCUUCUCUGCGCGCUUUUGUGUAUACAUAUUUGAAUAAGUAGUUAGAAAUGGAGAAAAUGGAUCAUCACAAUUUGCAAGUGGCUCCGUUCGUGGCGAAGACGUAUCAGAUGGUGAGCGACCCGAGGAUGGACUCUCUGAUCCGGUGGGGGGAGGGGAACAACAGCUUCCUGGUGCCCAAUCCCAGCGACUUCUCUCGCGUUCUUCUGCCCCUGUACUUCAAGCACAGCAACUUCUCCAGUUUCGUCCGCCAGCUCAACACUUAUGGAUUCAGGAAGGUGGAUCAGGAUAAAUGGGAAUUUGCUCAUCUGUCGUUCCUCAGAGGGCAGAUUCACCUCCUCCCUCGCAUCACGCGACGCGCUAAGAAGAGUCAAUUUUCCGAUGUCACUAGCAGCAGCGGCAGCAGCGGCGAUGACUGUAAGGACAUGGAAGGGGCAGCGGAGGAGGCGGAGCUGCUGCAAGAGCUCCACCGGCUACGGCAGGAGCAGAUGGCGCUCGACGCGGAGCUCCAACGGAUGAGCGAACGGUUGCAGGCGACCGAGAGGAAGCCGCGCCAGAUGCUCUCCUUCCUCCUGAAGAUAGCCGAGGAGCCUCAGCUCUUGUCCAGGUUCAUCCGCUCCAAGAAGCAGCAGCAGCAGUACUCGGCCGCCGCCAAGAAGAGGCGUAUGGCCGGCAUCAAGCCGUCGCUGCCUCCUCCUCAUCCGACGCAGGAGCUCCCUGUUCUUUCAUCAGAAGCCUUUCAACGAACACCUGGUGAGCCAUUGCUCGCCCAUAAUAGCUGGAAUCCUGUUCCGGCGGCGAGUCUCGUCGAUCCACACGAGUUUGGAGUCGCCAUGACGAGUUCAGAGACUACAGCAGCAACAGCAGCAGCCGAUUUCCCAUUCUCUUUACUGGGCCACGUAUUCUUCUAGUUUUCAAAUCAUAUGUGGUGUUCUUUUCAUAAAGUUACCCAGCUCAUUUGGCACUAGAACUAAAUUUAAAAAAUAAAUCUAGAUAUGAGAAUCUUUCAACGCAAAAA